AUGCAGCCUCUUGGCCCUUUUGCUGUCGAUGGCAUUGCUGUGCCCAUCGCCGACUACGUUGAGCUCAACGGCUUCAACCUCGCCUCCCACACCACUGCCCUUGAGCAAUCGGUCCUUGGCAAACCGCAUCUCUCAUCAUCUACCAACACCAACAAUCGCGGUCUCACAUUGAUGCCUCCUACUGUCUGCGGCAAGCGAUCUCGAUCCAACUCCACCUCGUCUUCUGCCCCCUCCAGCCAUGCCUCGGUCUUCUCUUGCUCCGAGAAUGACCUCUUCGAGUCCGGCUAUGAGACGCAGACCACUUGGCUUGGCGAGCAGACUCCUUCGUCUCGCAAGAGCUCCAUGAGCGAAAGCUCGUCUCAGCAGAUUGAACACGACCUCGCUUCAUGGCGUGCCGACUUGCUUGCUGCUUCUCAGGAGGAGCAACAGCGUUGUGCCAAGCGUCUUCGCGACUUGCAGGGUGAGGUCCUCAGACUUGCCAACCAAGUUGUUAGCACUGCUUCCCAGCAGCCCGUGCAGGCAGCAGCCCCGGUGGUAUCUACAUCUGCACCUCUCAAUAUCACUUCUGGCAUUUCUCCCUCCUCUUCUGCAUCUUCUUCCUCGUCGUCUGCAUCCGACGACACCAAGAACUCUUUGGUAGACUCUCUUAUUGGUAAAUACACCAUCUCCACUGACUCCCGCCCCGGUGUUCCUUUGCCCCUGUCAUUGCAUUCUUCCGCCUCUGUGAACAGUCUCGCUGACCACGGUGAUGAGAACGUCUUUGAUCUUGACCCUCUAACUCUACUUGCAGAUGCCGCCGUCAGAACGCUCGACGCCAUCUGGAAUGCCUCCACCCCAUCCGAGUCCUGUGAUCUCGCCAAGGGCAACAGCGCGCUUCCUCUUCAGGUCUUCAUCCGCGAAACGCUCCGUCGAGCCCGUGCAUCCUGUUCCACCUUGCAGGCCUCGUUGCUCUAUUGCGUUCGUCUCGGUGAAGCCUGCAAACGAUCUAGACAGAUGUCGCUCAGACAAUCCACUCGCGCCGCCGGCGUUCAAGUCGAAGUCGAAGCUCAGUCUAGCUCGCCUUUGCACGGCAUGAAUAAGGAAGAGCUCUGUCUCACUCGCUGCCCCAGACGCAUGUUCCUCGCUUCCAUCAUGGUCGCUUCCAAGUUUGUCCAGGACCGCACCUACUCGAACAGAGCUUGGGCCAAGAUCUCGGGUCUUGCUGCCAAAGAUCUCGGCAAGCUCGAGCGAGCUUUUCUCAAGGCAAUCGACUACCGUCUCAUGACAUCUGAUGUCGAAUGGGACAAGUGGACUGCCGAGCUUGCGCAGAGCAACGCUUCCGUCACCGAAGCUAGCAGCAACAAGGGCGUUGCUGGCAGACGCAGCAGCCUCAGCCGCUCGCAGUCUGACAACGUCACCGGUGCUGAACUUGCUCUCGACACCGAGUUGCGCGCUGCCAGCCCACGCCUGCCUAGCCAGGUGCAGCCCAAAUAUCGUCACCUUGGCGAUGCUCAGCAGCAGUCGCAGCCCAGACUCGGCGCGGAUAUCUCUUUGCCUUUGCCUCGCGCUGCACCUGCCGUCGUCUCUGCCGAGAUCUAA